AUUUAUCCAAAAUAUAUUAAAUACCGCAGUAAAUUGGCACAGAAAGGAAACAACUUUUUUUCCCACCUUGUUUUGCUCACACGGAUGAAAAUAAGAGUUAAUCACGCUGUGUUUUGAACUUUGUCUUGCUAAUACAUACUUGAUCUAGUCGAUCUGGUGCUUCAUGUUUGAGAGACUCAAGGUUCGUGCUGCGUAGCAGCGCGGCAUUUAAAUAAUCUUUAUUCAAGAACACAUUUCACGGUCAAUAUUGAUUGUAAAAAUAAAAAUCUGAGUCAGCUUCGAAUCAACAUUUAGAAAUCCGGCGAGAUUAUUGUUUGUCCUCCUGCACAUGCAUCGGUUGCCUGUAGGCAUAUACAGUGCACACACGUGCACGCAUACACAUAAAUACGUGCACGUGCACACAUUUAUCUAUCCCCUAUAUAGAUGUACGUGUUCAAGAAUAUCAGUAGAAGGAGGUUAUCUGGUAAAGCUGGAGACAGGCGGUCGGUCAAUAUAGUUGUGCGAGCGACAGCGCGACCCACGAUUGAAUGAUCGCGUGAUUUCGCUUUUUCGCGAACGAAUUACACGUCGAUCUGGGGAUUUUAUAAAUAUUAAAUGAAAUAGAUCAUUGAUCUAUCUGCUAUCAUGCCGCAGGGAAACGAGAAGAACAGCAACUGUGACGAGUCGAGGACUCCAGCAAACGAUCACGAGCUUUCAAUAGAAAGUGAUUCGGAGAAUCAGAGGAUUCUCAGCAAGCAGACGUCCGAUGUCAAGCAACAGGAAGAUCUAAAAACUUGCAAAGGUGCCGACAAUAUGCCGGAGCUUGAGAACUAUGACAAGGACGACGAGCAGAUCACCUUAGAUUUGAGCGAACCACCGCCGGAAGUCAUGGAGUAUGCCAGAAGGGAAUUAGGAGAAACCGAGGAGGUCAAGUGUCAGACGUUGCAGGAAUUCCGCGACAUGAUAUUCGAGAUAGGCGAGUGUUUGCCACACAGGAUGGACGACGCUUUUCUCAUCAGAUUUCUUCGCGCGAGGAACUUUAAUAUAAAGAGUGCGCAUAAGCUGAUAGUGAAUUACUACAACUUCAAAGAGGAACAUCCGGAAAUCCAUCAGCAGCUGACCUCGGCCGAGAUAAGGUACAUAGGUGAAGACAAUGUGAUCACGGUGCCGCCGUAUAGGAGUCAAUGCGGCAGGCGUUUAAUGAUUUACCGUUUUGGCAAUUGGAAUCCGCGUAAAUAUCCUGCCGAGAUGCUCUUCAAGGCUACAGUUGGAAUCCUUGAAAUAAGCAUGCUUGAACCCAGACAACAAAUUAUGGGUGGUAUAGCCAUUUUCGAUUUAAAGGAUAUCUCCAUGACACACGCAUGGUCCGUGACGCCUCAGGUGGCAAGCAUGAUGUUGUCUGUGAUGGUAACUGCGUUCCCCAUUAGAAUUCACGCGCUGCACAUCCUUAAUCAGUCGUGGGUCUUCGAUGCGAUCUUCGCGGUCUUCAAACCAUUGCUCGAUACCAACAUGCGAAACAAGCUGUUCUUCCAUGGUAACAAUUACGAGAGUCUGCACCAACACAUCUUGCCCCAGUACUUGCCAAAAGUAUAUGGGGGCGUAAGGGAAGAGCUGCCUUACUACAAAUGGAUUCAAUCCAUAAUCAAAGAUCCGAAAAUCACCGAGGAGAUGGAUAAAAUGGGAUACAGUAUUACGGACGAUAUUCGCGACUCUUUCUCAUAAGUAAAGUUAAUCGAAUUCUGAGAGAGGCGAGUUUCAAGAAAAUUUUAAAACUUGCGUGUAUUUUUUAUAUACAUGACAUACUAUUCAGCAAUUAGUUGCACGUUAUUAUCAGGUAAUAUCAUUUAGUUUUUGUUACUGUAUCUUUUGAUCUUUCGAUUAAGCAUAUACAUAUAUUUUGAAUAUGUUUUAUACAGUUCGUU